UGCAGUAGCCCUUUGAUCAUUUCUUUCUGUUUAAAACAUAUUCACUUCCAAUUAUAAAUCCAACAAAAAGGUAAAAGGUGGCACACAAAAAAUUGAAAAAAAAAAGUUGGACAAUUUCAUAACCACCAAAGCUACAAAAGAAAAUUAACAAAAAAGGGUGAAGAAUAUCGGUUUACAAAGUUGAGAAAACAUUACAGUAGUAAGUAGAAAGAAACAAAAUAGAAAUCCCCCACAAUGUUUAGAUAAAAAGGCUAGAAAUAAGAAAGGUUAAUAGUAACAACUAUGUUGUACAGGGUCUAUAUGAAGGCUAGAGAGGGAGGAAAAAAGGAUCUUCCAUGGCUGCUGCUACUCUUUUUUUUUCUAGCUUCUUAUAACUGAGUUUUUUGAAGGGUUCUUUGCAAAAUUUGGAAACUUGGAGCUCUUCACUAAAGAUACCACCCGCAGUUUAGCCCUUACACGGUUCGACCUGCCGGUUUUUCCGGUCAUUUGGUUUCUUCUCAUGCUUAGACCAAACCAGUAAUGCUGGCAGUAUGGGAAAGAAAGGAAGUUGGUUUUCUGCAAUUAAAAGGGUUUUCAUACCACACUCCAAGGAAAAGCUAAGCAAUGAACCAGAUAAAAGGAGUGGUAAAGAAAAGAAGAAGAAAGGCCUAGGAAAAUUAAGACAUGGAGAAACCAAUUCCUUUAUUCCCCUCUUCAGAGAGCCCAGCAGUAUUGAGAAAAUUCUUGGGGAGGCUGAAAGAGAGCAUAAAAUAGUAUUCAGGCCUCCUACACCUCCAGAGCAGCCGGCGACACCGCCUUUUGUGCCUCAUCAAUCUGCUUCUCCACAUGGUUCUUCUCAUAGGAUUGCUUCCCCGAGGGCUGCUUCCCCUCCAAAAGCUCCUUCUCCACCGUCACUUCCACAACCUGCCUCUCCCAAUGCUGCUCCACGUAAGGUCAUCCGUCCUCGACCAGAACCAACUUUAAGGAACCAUCAUGCUUCAGUUACAAAAAUUCAAGCAGCCUAUAGAGGUUACAUGGCAAGGAGAAGUUUUCGAGCUUGGAAAGGCCUUGUGAGGCUUCAAGGAGUUGUAAGAGGUCAGAAUGUGAAACGGCAAACUACAACUGCAAUGAAGCAUAUGCAGCUUUUGGUGCGAGUUCAGUCUCAGAUUCAAUCUAGCUGGAUCCAGAUGUUAGAAAACCAAGCACGACAGCAGGCUUGGUUUAAGAAUGAUAAAGAAGAGGGGAGUACCUUGUGUAAAUCGUCCUUCAUUCAGGCGUCUGAGGAAGGCAACGAAGACUGGGAUGAUAGCCUGCUAACAAAAGAAGAAAUCGAGGCAAGAAUGCAGAGAAAGGUAGAGGCCGUCGUCAAGAGAGAAAGGGCCAUGGCCUAUGCAUAUUCCCACCAGCUAUGGAAAGCUACUCCGAAAUCAGGUCAAGCAGGCGCAAUAGACAUUCGCACUCGUGAACCAUGGUGGUGGAACUGGUUAGAACGUCAGCUGUCUUCUAGCAAAGCUCUUGAAGGCCAAGGCAUAAAGGAUUUCCAACUUACACCAACAAGGCAAAAUUCUGAAUUGAAGCCUAGUCCAAAACUGCCAUUGAGCAGCAAGAAACAUCAGUUUACGUUCGACAAUAUGGACACUCCGACACCGAAAUCUACAAGAUCAACCAUGCUUCCGACUACACGACCUAUGCAAACUCCACCUAGUGGAAUCCUGGAAGGAAGAAGUUCAGGAUUGUCGAAAUAUUCAAGACCAAGAGCUAGCGGAACGGAUUCAUCUUUAGACUUGCCCUUGAAGGAUGAUGAUAGCCUCACUAGCUGCCCGCCAUUUUCAGUUCCAAAUUACAUGACACCAACAGUUUCAGCCAAAGCCAAAGCAAGAGGCAACAGCAACCCGAAGGAUAUGUUUACGGGUACUCCGGGAAUUGAGACGUCGAACAUGAGGCUUUCAUUCAAGUGGAGCAAAGGGUCUUUGUUUUCAGGCAAGGAUUCAAGGGGUCUAGAUAAGAACCAAUCACUUCAAUCUAUAGGCAAUUUGAGUGUGGAUUCAACCGUUUCAAUGCCUGCAACGGUUGGAAGAAAGCCAUUUAACCGAUUUGUUUGAUCUUUUUAUUUUUCUUAUUUUUGUUACCUUUGAUUAUUUCAUUUUGGUGUUUAUCUUGAGUUUAUGGUGCUAUGUUGAGUUGCAAAAUUUACUGAUUGUAAGAUAA